AUGGCAGGAUCAAUCGCCAAAAUCGAGGCCGAUGGCAAGGCGCUUGUCGCCGCCUCAACGUAUCACGUGCAAGCUACGCGCGUGACCGCGUCCCUCCGCUCGCCCUCUCCACUCACCUCUCCGCCCAUGCUGCGCGCGGUGCUCCCCCCUCGCUGGCUGCACUGCGCGCCGAUUCUCUCGGCGUCUCGCCACUCGCUGUCGGCGCGCGUCACGCGCUGCCCGCUCGACAUUGCUCCCCCCCGCCUCCAUCGUCCCGCGCUGGGCGGUUCUUCCGCUCGUCGGAGUGUAAUGGCGGAGGCGGCGCCUCGAAGCGAGCAGCAGGCUACUGUCGCGGCUUUGCCACGGCAAGACGAGAGCGCGGUUACCAGACUGGAAGACAGUGUGGUUACCAGGCACGCAGCUACGAGCGGGGAGCAACGGCGAUUGGAGUUUGAGAUUCGCGCGACGGACGGCGAAGCCCGCGUUGGAUGCAUCCGCGCGACGCGCGUUGGCGAGGCGGGGAGAGGCGGGGAUGAGAAGGCAGGCAUGCAGAGCGCUGAGGAGGUGAAGGGAGCGCAGAGCGGUAGUGAAUGGUUCGAAGUGGCGACGCCCGGUCUGCUAGCGUACACGCGGCGGGGGCUGCCGGUGCAUCUGACGCCGGACGUGGCGCAGACGCUGGGGUUCGCCGGGUGGACCGCGUGCGCCACCCACUUUCUCGGCAGCCCCGCCCACCAGACCGUUGCCGCCCACAGCCAAGCGCGAGCCACAUCAGCAGCGGGGCUGCACGGCUUCCUCGCGCUGCCGCCCGCCACGCUGCUGCUCGCCUCGCCGCGCGACUCGCUGCUCUUCCCGGGCGGCCAGCAGGGCGGCAAGGCCUCGGCACGGCCUGCCACGUGGUUCGACACGCCCAGCGGCCGCCGGCAGGUCACUCCAGAAGACCACAGUGCCAUCGUGUCGUCUCUGCUGCCACAUGUCGCCAUCCCAUUGCAUGAUGCGCCGCCCGCCACGUCAUCGCUGAAUCGUCACCGAGUGGCUGUGCAGCGAUCGCUGACGUGGCUGGAUGAGGAGCUGCGAUUGGCUGAAGAACGAGGGGGGACGAGAACAGCGCUGCUAGGAGCGGUGGUGGGGGGCCCGUUUGAGGAGGAGAGGAGGCGGUCGGCCCGCGAGACUGCUGCGAGGACAGGCCUGGCAGGGUACCACGUGGCAGGGUUGGGGCUGGGGGAGGCAGUGGCGCACAGGGAUACUCUGCUCACCGCUGCUCUUUCGGAGCUUCCACUGGAGGCAAUGAGGCACACGUCAGGGCUCAACACGCCAGAGGAGGUGCUGCACGCGGUGGCCAGGGGCGUUGACCUCUUUGACUGCACGUACCCCCAUGACCUCACCCUCCUCGGCCUCGCCUCCACGCUGCCCCUCCACCCGCCCUGGUGGCCGCACACCGUGGCGCCAGGAGAGGGGGAAGGGCAGGGGGGGACGAAAGAGGAGAGGGAUGGGGGGGCAGUGGAGGCGGAUGGGGUUUUAAGUGAAGUGGGGAAAGAGAAGGAAGGGGAGGAGGUGUACGGGUCGAAGAUGAACCUGCGGUGCUCAUCGCACAAGCACAGUUUCAUCCCCAUAUCGCGCACAUGCGCGUGCUACACGUGCACCCGCCACACGCGCGCCUACCUGCACCACCUGCUGGACGCCCAUGAGAUGCUCGCCCUCGUGCUGCUGGACAUCCACAACCACCAUCACAUGCUUCACUUCUUUCAAGUUAUUCGGCACGCCAUCAGGUUGGGUGUGUUUCAACGGUACAGGGAGUGGUUCGUCCAAGCUAGAGAGGAGGAAUCAAAAUCAGGGGAGACGGGGCUACUGACUGAGGGGGAGACGGGGCUACUGACUGAGGGGGAGACGGGGCUACUGACUGAGGUGGAGACGGGGUUACUGACUGAGGGGGAGACGGGGCUACUAACUGAGGGGGAGACGGGGCUACCGACUAAGGUGGAGAAGGGGCUACUGACUGAGGGGGAGACGGGGCUACUGACUGAGGGGGAGACGGGGCUACUGACUGAGGUGGAGGCGGGGCUACUGACUGAGGGGGAGACGGGGCUACUGACAGAGGGGGAGACGGGGCUACUGACUGAGGUGGAGACGGGGCUACUGACUGACUGA